CGGCUGCGUCAUGGAGGUUUCUUCCUUUUCAUUCAUUUGAAACAAAACCUUUUGAGACACAGAAAGCAGAAGCGUGAGGAUCAUAGGAUCAUGUGAUCGUGUGUUGUGGUAAGAUGUGCGUGCGCGCGGCACUGCCCCUCAUCAGUUCACACGGCGCGCUACAUCACUGUAAGUUCAGUCGUUAUGGAUAAAGAGCGGACAUUCUUAACACCAUUUAGAGAUAUGAUGCAAGAAUCCACUGUGACUCCGAGCAUCUUGACGACCAUGAACCAGACUGUGAAGGUGCACUGUGAAAUAUCCUUUGAAGAUGACCGCGUUCCACUGAUGGUGCUCUAUAUUAUGGUUUUUAUCAUCGGCCUGCCAGCCAACCUGGCCACGGUCUACCUCACCCUCCACCAGGUGUGUCAUAAGAACGUCCUCGGCAUCUACCUGCUCAGCCUGUCCGUGUGCGACCUCACCUACCUCUUCACGCUGCCUUUGUGGACGGUGUACGUCAAUAAAAACCACGAGUGGCCCUGGAGCUCCAUGGCCUGCAAAGUGACUGGCUUUGUGUUCUUCAACAACAUGUACAUCAGCAUCUUCCUGCUCUGCUGCGUGUCCAUCGACCGUUAUGUGGCAGUGGUUUACGCCAUCGAAUCUCGCGGUCUUCGCCAGAAAAAGAUUGCAGCUCUUGUGGCAUUUUCGAUCUACAUGGUGGUGGGCUUGAGUCACACGCCUGUCUUUAUCAUGCCUGAAGGCAAUGCUGCUCAUGGAAAUCGCCGUUGCUUUGAGCCCAGCCAGAGCUCAGCGGUAGUUACAGGAUUCAGCUACGCUCGUGUUUGCAUCGGCUUUUGCAUCCCCCUUGCCAUCCUGGUCUUCACCAAUAGAGCCAUUCUUGCCAACGUUCAGGCCAGUACAGGCCUCAAGCCUCAUCAGAAAGAGAAGGUGCGCUACCUGGCUGUGGCAGUGGUGGUGCUGUUUUUGAUCUGUUUCGCUCCGUACCACAUUAUCUUGCUCUUGCGUGCCAUCACCUUCCACUUCCCCAAGCUGCAAGAGAAAUGUCAUUUUGAACAGUACAUCUACACGCCUUACAAAAUCUCCUUAGGACUGUCGACUUUCAACAGCGCCUUCAACCCCAUUCUCUACGUGCUGUCCAGCAACAAUAUCCGUCAGGAGAUCAGAAGAGGCAUGGCGUCGCUGUGCAACAAAGUCAACUUGAGUCACAGCAGCCAGCACAACAUGAACAGCUCCAAAACCAAUUCAGACCCCAUCCCAACAAAGGGCGAUCAAAUGAGGACAACUUGUCCCACUGCAUGCUAAAAUUUUGGAUGCACUGGACAUUUUUUGCUUGAUUUGCCAUCACUUGGAAGACAGGAAAAAAUCAGGGUUGUUACAUCAGUACAAUGAUACCUUGAAGUUGGACAGAUCUGGCAAAAAAAAAGUGAAAUUCCUGUUAUUAUUGUGGGUUUUUUGACUGAAAGGAUAUCACAAUAAGAUUGUCUCUGUGUGUUUCACACCUUCUACAUUCAUAUUUUUUCAAUGUUUCCGUAACACCCCAUUCUGAGCUGCAGCUUCUGAUUAUCUUGGACUCAUAUCUAGAGAGCAUUCUCCAGAUCCUCAAGUAUGCCGUACCAUAGUAAUAUGUACCCUUAAUGUAGUAAUAUGUACACUUAUGGUACUAUUAUGAACCCUUUAGGGGUAAAUAAGUUGGCAAGGUGCUGCAUUUAGGGUACUGGCUCAGUGACAAGCUGUUGUACCACUAAAGGUACAAUUUUUGUACGUUUUUUUUUUCUCUGAAAGUAUGGCAAGUGAUUGCCUUAUGUGUGCAAUAAAGCUUCAAAUGGUCGAUGGAUGGUGUGUUUGCUAAUGUCUGAGACCGACUGUUUCAAACAACAUACAGCUUCACUUUUUUGUUUUCACAUAAUUUACUGUAAUAGAAAAGUAGUGUUUUGUUUUGUAAAUUUAAUGUUAAACUGUAUGUCUUUUAGUGAUGACUGUUGUUUGGCAAGUUUAUAAUGUACAAACUUAACAUGUAUAUAUUUCUUUUUUCUGUGUUUUUUAUAAUGGAUAUGUUUUGCAUUAUGACUGUUUUUUUAUGUUAUUUAAUGAAUGUCACAGUUUCAGGACUCAUUAAACAUUGUAUGCCCUUUUUUAUUUUGCUUGAUUUUCUCAUUUGUCCCAUUUUCCAGAUUUCAUUUAUAAAUUAGACCAUAAUAAAUUGCAGUCAAGCUUUUCUCAUACAGUCACCAAAUUAUGUUGGACAAUUUGCACAUAAUUCUGCUCUUCUAAGAAACUGUAAAUAAACUCAAGUGAGAUUACAAGGGAAGCACCAACAAUUUUCCUCUGAACUUGCCAUGGUUUUAAGAGUAUGAUACUACAUUUCAGCAUUAAAAAUUGAAAAUUGUU